AUGUUCGCACCAGCACCCCUCACCUUGGGCCGCAGCUACGGUCCUCCGGGUACAUCCCGUCGCGCACGCACAAACGAGAAUGCGGGGAUCAACCUCCCAUCCAAGACUCCCGUCCGUCUCGGCGGCGGUGGUGGGCCCCUCAAGGCGGGUCCCAGCACGGCGGGUCGCGCGUUAGGCGCAAAGACAAUGGACCGUAACGUGCUUGCUCCAAAGGGAGAUGGUCCCAUGGAAGACAUUGGACCGAAACGGCUAUUCCAAUCAACCUGCAAGCCAUCUGGCAGUGGGGCGCCGGCCGCUGGUCCCUUGCCCUCUCGCGUACUCAAGACACCCGCUCCACAGCGCGCUCUCCGCACACCCGGCCCACAGCGUGUCCCGGCAGGAUCCCCUCUCCCUCUCCCCAGUGCCCAGCGCACACGCCGUCGGUCUCGCGCGUCCCUGCAGUCACAUGGUGGUACCCCCGAGAGCACUGGCAGCGCCAGUCUGAGCUUCCACACCCCGGCGCCGCGGUGGGAGGAGGAAGUGAGUCUGGACAGCAUUGUCGAGGCCGAUGUCGAGGAGGCAGAGCUCGCACCACUCGAGGCCGAGUUUGAGAUCGAGUACGCAGCACCUACGGCCGUCAAUGUCCCUUAUGUGCCCGCAUGGGCCGACAGCAUUCCUGAUCCUGUCGCGACGAUGAGGAUCCUGGGCAACAUGCGCCCGACGUUCUACAUCCCGCCACCCAGCCCCCCUCCCGAGCCCGAGCUCGUCGAGUUCCUUCCUGUGCCACUCUGCGACGACGAUGAACUGGAACACCCUCUCUUCCGCAAGACAAAGCAGCCAGAGGUCAAGCCUGCCACCACGCUUGCCAAGCCUGGCCGCAUGGGAGUCAAGGCUCGGGCACCACUUUCCUCUCGCACUGCCACCCCUGCACGACCAGCCACGGCCGCAGCACUCCCCGUGCGCUCUGUAUCGGCUGCGUCCAAGACCGUCAAGCCGGCUGUGGCCGCGACCGGAUCUCGCCCACUCACUCGUCCAGCGACCGUUAUGGCCACCCGUCCUCCCCGCCCGGCGACUGCUGUUGACCGCCCUCUCUCGUCUGUCGCGCGUCCCAUGACCAGUGCGGCUCGACCCGUGGUGAAGGCUGGUCACCUCCGCUCCGCCUCGGCGUCGGCAUCAACUACCCGUCCUAUCCGCGCCAACCCUCCACCGGCAGUCGAGGACCUUGCCCUCCCGGACGAAUUUGGUCUUGAUUUUGAUCUCGACCUCGACGUGCUUGGUCCAGACCCCUCGCUGGUUCCCGAGGUCGACCUCGCGGCCCCAGCUCUCUCAACCAACGCCGCGCCAGCCCCUUCGCCCCCCACCACACCAUUGGUGCAUGCUGCCGACACGACAGACGACGAUAUUGCCGACUGUCUAGCCUCCUUGUCUAUCACGUCGCCAGUGGUCACCAUGUCGUCACCGCUUCCGACUGUGGACCCCUCGGCCAGCCCUACGGCUGAGUGUAUCCCACUCAGGUCGUUCCACAGUUAG